AUGAGUGAUAACUUAAUUUGGGCAAUUAAAAAUGGCGAUCUCGAAGCCGUAAAAAUGACGAUUAGCAGUCAAAAUAUUGAUGUUAAUGGACAAUUACAAAGUGGGCGAAUGCCUUUGCAUUACGCAGCUGAUUAUGGACAGGCUAAAGUGAUGGAUUACCUUCUCGAUCAAGGUGCUAAUAUCAAUCAACUUGAUAAGCAUGGCAUUUCUCCACUACUAGCUGCAAUCUGGGAAGGCCAUACAAACUGUGUCAAGUUAUUGAUCGAUCGUGGAGCCGACAAAAAUGCAAAGGCUCCAAGUGGCAAUAGCUAUAUCCAAGAAGCGGAAUCACAAGAAAUUCGUCAACUAUUAGCAUAG